AUGAAGGGNCAAAGGAGAACCAUUGUUCACACUUGCCAUCCUCGUAAAGAAGCAAAGAAAGAGAAAGAAGCCAUGCCGACCAUCCAAGGAAGUCAAAGAGAAAAGUUAGACUUUGUGGAAACAUCCUAUCAGAGUUGUGGAAACAUCCAAGAAGGGCUCACAUCCGAAGAGAAUGCUCAACUUCGCCUAGCAAAGUUAGAGGCCUUGGAUGAGAAAAGAUUAGAAGCACAACAAAAAUUGGAGUGCUAUCAAGCUCGACUAGCUAGAGCCUUCAACAAGAAAGUGCGGCCACGAUCAUUCCAAGUGGGAGACUUAGUCCUAGCUGUUCGACAACCUAUAAUCCUCAACAAACGCAUAGGCGACAAGUUUACCUCAAAAUGGGAUGGGCCAUAUGUUGUGAAGGAAGCCUAUUCAAGUGGCGCAUACAAAAUUGUCGAUAAGGAUGGUCUCAGAGUUGGUCCGAUCAACGGAAAAUUUCUGAAGCAGUACUUUCCAUGA